GGUGAAAGUGGUCCCUGCCUUGUCGCACACAAAGGCUAGGAGCUCUUUAAAGGGGCCAGCCUGCGCUUCUGUGCAGCUGCAAACAUUUGUCAGUGUGGGCUCAGCAACCCAGGCUUUCGCCUGAAAAUGAGUGGGGAGGGGUCUUGAGCACGCCGCCCCCCCCCUCCCCCCGCCCCAGACCUCCCGGAGUGGGGCGGGGAGGGGAAGGAGCUGACAGUCUGAGUGGAUGGAGACCACCGGUCCCUGGGGACCAGCUUGCGAUUAGCUGCUUCUUGGAUGCUCCGCGUGCCAGUUGAGCAUCCUGCCUGAGGUCCAGAGCGUGCUGGCGGCGCAUCUUGCGGUAUAUGCCUGCGUGGAUUUGAGCCAUCGCCCAGAGGCGAGCCCGCAUUCAGACACGGUGGACCGGCACCGGCAGUCAGCGCGAAUGCUCAGCUUUAGGCGUCUGCAAGAGCCUCCCGACUGCAUGGAUUUGGCUGUCUAAUCAGCCGAGAUUACUGCCCGGGAAGAUUUGUGAGCCUGAUCCGCGCUCCAGCUGCUGUGACAACUUCAGGGCUGGCUGUUUACUUCUCUCGGUGCCUGGGACUCUGUUCUGCACCGCAGCCACUCCUGCCACUUGCCUGGCUCUGAAGUCCUCUGCCGCGAGGACUCGUCUGACGGCAUCCCCAGGAAGGGGGAGCAAGGAGGGGUUAAAAGACGAGCAGAAACACCCCCCCCAGCUGCUCAACCUCUCGUGACUGCCUGUGUUCUGGGGUUCUGAGAGGGACCGUGCGCUGCCCGGGGAAGCAAUGCAAGUCUCCAUAGCCUGCACAGAGCACAAUUUGAAGAGCCGGAAUGGUGAGGACCGACUUCUGAGCAAGCAGAGCUCCACCGCCCCCAAUGUGGUGAACGCAGCCCGGGCCAAAUUCCGCACGGUCGCUAUCAUCGCGCGCAGCCUGGGGACGUUCACCCCUCAGCAUCACAUUUCUCUCAAAGAGUCCACCGCAAAGCAGACUGGCAUGAAAUAUAGGAAUCUUGGAAAAUCAGGACUCAGAGUUUCUUGCUUGGGUCUUGGAACAUGGGUGACAUUUGGAGGUCAAAUUUCAGAUGAGGUUGCUGAACGGCUGAUGACAAUUGCCUACGAAAGUGGGGUUAAUCUCUUCGAUACUGCUGAAGUCUACGCUGCUGGAAAGGCUGAAGUGAUUCUGGGGAGCAUCAUCAAGAAGAAAGGCUGGAGGAGGUCCAGCCUGGUCAUAACAACCAAACUCUACUGGGGUGGAAAAGCUGAAACGGAAAGAGGGCUGUCAAGAAAACAUAUUAUCGAAGGAUUGAAGGGCUCCCUCCAGAGGCUGCAGCUCGAGUAUGUGGAUGUAGUCUUUGCAAAUCGACCAGACAGUAACACCCCCAUGGAAGAAAUUGUUCGAGCCAUGACACAUGUGAUAAACCAAGGAAUGGCAAUGUACUGGGGGACCUCCCGGUGGAGUGCUAUGGAGAUCAUGGAAGCCUAUUCUGUAGCAAGGCAGUUCAAUAUGAUCCCACCGGUCUGUGAACAAGCUGAGUACCAUCUUUUUCAGAGAGAGAAAGUGGAGGUUCAGCUACCAGAGCUCUACCAUAAAAUAGGAGUUGGAGCAAUGACGUGGUCUCCACUUGCCUGUGGAAUCAUCUCAGGAAAAUACGGAAAUGGAGUGCCUGAAAGUUCUAGGGCUUCGCUGAAGUGCUACCAGUGGCUGAAGGAAAGAAUUGUAAGUGAAGAGGGACGAAAACAGCAGAACAAACUAAAAGACCUCUCCCCAAUUGCUGAGCGCCUCGGGUGCACACUACCUCAGCUGGCUGUCGCAUGGUGCCUGAGAAAUGAGGGUGUGAGUUCCGUGCUCCUGGGAUCAUCCACUCCUGAACAACUCAUUGAAAACCUCGGUGCCAUUCAGGUUCUCCCAAAGAUGACAUCACACGUGGUAAAUGAGAUUGAUAACAUAUUGCGAAACAAGCCCUACAGCAAAAAGGACUAUAGAUCAUAAAGCAAUGCAUGAGCCAUAGGACCUGCAUGGUUAAAACUGCGGUCUACACUGGUACAGAAUGGUGUUACUAGCCAGUCUUUUGAGUCACUUAGCAGCCUGCUGCUCAACCUCUAGUAUUCCUGGAUUCUGAGGUACCUGCUGUCGCUACCACUGUGCACCUGAAUAACGAGCACAUCUGAAAACUCACAACCAAGAAAAUCCAUUCUAUUUUCUUACCUUGGACUGGAGUCACCUGUUCUUGCAUUGCUCUGUACGCCUCAUGCUUAUGCCAUAGAAAGGAUAUGAGGGGAAGACCUAGUGCCUUCAGGCAUUUAGUAACUUACAGUAGGCUGUACAGAUCUAUUUUUUCAAAUGAAUAGAAUCCACAGAUGCAAUGUGGAUUGCAUCAGAAAGAGGAGGCUACGUUCACUCAGAAGUCUUACUUGGGAGAACAAACAACUUUACCUUUCCCCCCACCCCUAUUUUCACAUGAAGGUUAUCAAAGGUUGUCUCACUUGUCAUUAAACAAAACUAAAAUUCCUAGGUAUUUGCUUUCAUUACCUUUUAAAAAUAUUCACUGUUGCUUGGCCCCGACAAUGACCCUGUAUUGUAACUGACCCAAAGCGUCUCUAUUAAGAUUCUAUUAACGUUCUGUCCGUUCACAUACAGAGAUAAUUAAAGGAUGAACACCCAAUCUUUAACUUGAGACAGGAUGGCUAAUUUACGAAAGGGAGGAUUACACUGCUAUGGAAGCUUAGCUUUGAAUAAAAUGUAAUGUAUAUGCAACUGAAGUGUUCACUUUUGACUACAUUUUAUUAAAACCUGCUUUAUACUUCUGACUGCUUGUAGGCACAGCUUCUGCAAGUUUAAAUAUUUGAGCUUUAAAAAUAAAUACACAAAUGCUCAGUUUUGUAAGUAAACCUGUAAAAUAUCCACAAAGGCAAAUGUUUGCUGUUUAAUUAGCACUGGGAUUUUACAAUAUAAUGCUUGUUUUUGAGCAGUCAUCAUGAAAGUGAUUGAAUCAUGGACUUUGUGAAAAAUGCUAUCACUACUCAGAAUAUGCUGGGUGAAUUAACUUGCCUAGUGAAAAACAAAUGUUAAAGAAUUUCCUCAUUCUAUAAACCACAUUAUAUAUGCACUAAACUAAAUGCAUGGAAGCUCUCUGCAUGGAUUAAAGGGGCCUAGCCUUGUUGCACACAGAAGCAGAAGUCUAACCUUGCCAUUACUGGUUACCUACCCUCAUGAGUAUGUCACUUGAGAAAAACUGUGAGACUAUAUUGUGUGUACCUGUAAGGAAGGAAAACUUUGGGGGGUGGGAUCCUAGCUCUCUAUUUGGACACAUGAGCAUGUACAAAAUUCUAAUUUUCUGGCUAGCCAGUACCCCGUAUAGAAAUCACUUUGACGUUUAAAGAUUAUACCAUCAGCUUAAAAUGCUAUUUUCUGCCACCAUUUCCAAAUAUGUAUUUCAUGAUUAAGUUCUAAAUCUUACAGCGUUAGAAUGAAUUUUCUUUUUUGUUACUACUACCUGUAUUCUAAUAAGGAAACAGUUGGGUUUUUGCCCAGGAGUACCAGAUUAAUGAUGGAAAUGGAUCAUCUUUCAGUUGUUCAUUGUGUAUUCAAUCCAGUGAACUACUAUAUGCAUAAAUGAGCUGAAGUUGGCUAAUUGGAACUGCAAUUUAACUUCUUUGCUUAGAGUAAUAAAAGCAUUUUGUGCACUUAAUCUCAA